AUGCCGCCCCAACGAGAGAAGAAGCUGUCGCUACCUUCCAGUCUCCUCAAAGAAAUCGGCAUACAAGAGUCUUCAGGGGAGGAAGCCGAGGAACCCCAGGUUCGACAGCCGGCUGUGCCACGAGCGGUUCGCGAGAGGAUUGCGCAGGACGAUGCCGAGAUUGCGGACCUCGAAAGGAAGCUCGGUCUGAAAGGGCGGAAGACACUACCCAAAUCGUUCGACGAGGACGGUCUUGGCGAUAUAUUAGCUGAUAUUGACGGGGUGGGCGGAGCCACCACUGAGAAAAAGAAACGGAAAGCCAAGGCCGAUGAGUGGUUGGCCGAGAAGCGCAGGAAAGCCUCUAGAGGGCCUGCUGACGGCAACGGGGGUGAGGGCGAGGGAAAGGGCAAUGGCGUGGACGACUUCGAGGGCUUCGGUGAGGAGGACGAUGACGACCUAGACGAGUCUGGUAGUGAUGAUGGGUUGGACGAGUUAGACUCGGACGGGGCCGAGGACUUGGACGAGUCCUUAUCCGGUUUCGAUUCAGACGAAGAGGUACCAAGCGUGGCUCCAGCAAGGGUACGGGAAAAUCCAUAUGUGGCGCCCACAACUGGCGUUACUGUUGCGAAAUAUGUUCCGCCGUCUCGCCGCCAAGGACCAGGGUCUGAUGCCGAACUGGUGCAGCGUCUGCGCAGGCAGCUCCAGGGCUUGGUCAACCGAAUCACGGAGUCGAAUCUUCUAAGCAUUAUUGGGGACAUCGAAAAGGUCUACCGCGAGCAACCCCGGCAACACGUCACGAGCAUUCUUGUAGACCUGGUACUCGUCCAAGUCUGCGAUCCCACCAGCCUCCCAGAUACUCUCCUAAUAUUAUCGGCCGGCUUCACAACCGCCCUCUUCAAGAUUAUCGGAAUGGACUUCGGAGCCCAACUUGUUCAAGAUGCCGCGGACCGAUUCGACCAGUAUUACAAGCGAGCUGUUUCUGCCCCUGAUGAGGCGUCGAAGGAAACCUCCAAUAUCAUUACAUUCUUGGCCGAACUGUACAACUUCCAGCUGAUAGGGUGUAAUCUGAUUUUCGAUUACAUCCGCCUUCUUCUGACCAACCUUUCCGAACUGGAUGCCGAGCUACUACUCCGAAUCAUCCGCCUAUCAGGCCAUUCGCUUCGGCAAGACGACCCUUCAUCGCUAAAGGAUAUCGUGGCGUUGAUACGGCCGGCGGUUUCCAAGGUCGGCGAGGAUAAUAUAUCUGUCCGGACAAAGUUCAUGAUUGAGACGAUCAAUGACCUGAAAAACAACAGAAUGAAGACGGGCCUAAACGCGUCCGCGAUAGUAUCUGAGCAUACCAUUCGCAUGAAGAAGCUUCUUGGCUCCCUGAAUACAAGGAAGCUUAAGUCUACCGAACCGCUCCGGAUGGGCUUAAGCGACAUACAGGAUGCAGAGAAAAAGGGCAAAUGGUGGCUUGUCGGUGCAAGUUGGGCUGACGGAGACAGUGAUAGCGAUAGUGAUAUCGUGAUGGGUGGAGGGGAUGGGGGUGCCCCCAACCUCGCCGAGCUGGCGCGCGAGCAGAUGAUGAACACAGACGUGCGACGGUCGAUUUUCGUCGCCAUCCUGUCCGCUACAGACUACGAGGACGCCUAUGUCAGGCUGCGCAAGCUUCGUCUCAACAAGGACCGGCAACGGGAGAUCGCAAACGUCAUCCUACAAUGCGCAGGGGCAGAGCAGCAGUACAACCCUUACUAUACCCUCGUCGCAAAGCGACUGUGUUCCGACCGCAAAAACCGAUGGUCCUUCCAGGACAGCCUGUGGAGGCUCUUCAGGAGAUUGGGCGAGUCGAUCUUCGGGGAGGAGGCCGAAGAGGUGGACGACGAUGACACGAUGGAGAUGCGGCGGUUGGUCAACAUCGCAAAGAUGUACGGGAUACUAGUUCAAGAUGGCGCGCUCGGACUUGGCAUCCUCAAGUGCCUAAGCCUACCUUACCUCCAGGCCAAGGCUCGGGCAUUCGUAGAGGUUCUGCUCAUUACAGCACUGCUGGAAUGCUCCAAGGCCGAGAAGGCCGGUCAGGACGAUACCGAAGCAACAAUAGGGAGGAUGGUGGCCAGCCUCAAGGACGCACCCGAGCUAUCCAGGGGGCUGCAGUGGUUUAUCAAGAAGGUCAUACGGAAGUCGGACUUGGCAGGAAGUAAAGGGGACGCGAAGAAGCUCAAGACUGACCUCCCGGGAACAGGCGAGAGGGAUCUUGUCAUCAUUGGUGGAGGUGUCGGAGGAUACGUCGCCGCCAUCAAGGCGGGACAGGAAGGAAUGAAAGUUACAUGCAUUGAAAAGCGUGGCACUCUCGGCGGAACAUGUCUGAAUGUCGGGUGCAUUCCCUCGAAAUCUCUCCUCAACAACUCCCAUCUCUACCACCAGAUUCUGCAUGACACAAAGAACCGAGGCAUCGAGGUCGGCGAUGUGAAGCUCAAUCUCAAACAACUGAUGAAGGCGAAGGACCAGUCCGUCACGGGCCUGACCAAGGGCGUCGAGUUCCUCUUGAAGAAGAAUGGUGUCGAGUACAUAAAGGGGACAGGCUCGUUCCAGGACGAGCACACGGUCAAGGUCCAGCUCAAUGAUGGUGGCGAGACGAGCAUUGUUGGCAAGAAUAUCAUCAUCGCCACUGGCAGUGAUGUAACCCCCUUCCCCGGCCUCCAGAUCGACGAGAAGCGGGUUAUCUCCAGCACUGGAGCUAUCGCAUUGGAGGCAGUGCCCGAGAAGAUGACCGUCAUCGGCGGUGGUAUCAUCGGUCUUGAGAUGGCCUCGGUGUGGUCCAGGCUGGGCUCGAAAGUGACGGUUGUCGAAUACCUGGACCAGAUCGGCGGCCCGGGAAUGGACACCGAGGUCGCCAAGGCAGCACAGAAGCUCCUGAAGAAGCAGGGUAUCGACUUCAAGGUCGGCACCAAGGUUCUCACAGGCGACACGAGCGGCGAGAAGGUCACAGUUCAAGUUGAAUCAGCGAAGGGUGGCAAGGCUGAAUCGCUCGACGCCGACGUUGUCCUCGUUGCCAUCGGCCGCCGGCCAUACACCGAAGGUCUCGGCAUGGAGAACAUUGGCCUCGAACUCGAUGACCGUGGCCGUGUGAUUAUCGACUCGGAGUACCGGACCAAGAUCCCUCACAUUCGGUGCAUCGGUGAUGCGACUUUCGGACCCAUGCUUGCGCACAAGGCUGAAGAGGAGGGGGUGGCUGCUGUCGAGUUCAUCAAGAAGGGUUAUGGCCACGUCAACUACGGCUGCAUCCCCUCGGUCAUGUACACACAUCCCGAGGUCGCCUGGGUUGGACGGUCUGAGCAGGAGCUGAAGAAGGCGGGCGUUCCGUACAAGGUCGGCAACUUCCCGUUCAGCGCCAACUCGCGCGCAAAGACGAACCUCGACACGGACGGCUUCGUCAAGAUGCUGGCCGACCCCGAGACCGACCGGCUGCUGGGUAUCCACAUUAUCGGACCCAACGCGGGCGAGAUGAUUGCGGAAGGAACCCUGGCGCUGGAGUAUGGUGCUUCGAGCGAGGACAUCGCCCGCACGUGUCACGCGCACCCGACACUGGCGGAGGCGUUCAAGGAGGCGGCGAUGGCGACGACGUACCCGCUGCUUCCGCGGAGGGAGAUCGAGGCAUUGAUUGCAGAGGGCCGAUCGAUAGUGAUUGUGGACCAGCACGUCUUGAAGGUUGAUGGCUGGCUGAAGUACCACCCCGGUGGCGACAAAGCCAUCGCACACAUGGUUGGUCGAGAUGCCACCGAUGAAGUUACUGCCCUCCACUCGCCAGAGGCACGGCAGAUGAUGGGCAGGUAUCGCAUCGGGCGCAUCGAGGGCAGAUGGAAGAACUUCCUACCCCCGAUCCAGGGCGGCAGGUUCCGCCCCGCCAGUGAACCCGGCAGCGGUGGUGUGAUCGAUGAGACUCUGCCCGACGUAGCCAGCCAGACAACCUCGUCAAGCCACAGCAGUUCGCGCUCGGCGUCCCCCGUGUUCGAUGUAGCCGAUGCCACUUCAGGGCUGCACAGUCGCCGCCCCGGCGGGCCGACGCUUCGCCCGGAAUCCGUGUCGUCUAUUUCGUCGGUUGAUGAUGAUAAGCCCUUCGACGGCAUGAGCUAUCUGGACUCGGAGACCAGGAAGGAGAUCCGCCUGGACCUUGACAGAUACCCUUCACUCGACGACGCCACCCAGGAUGUCAUCGUCCAAAAGUAUCGCCUCUUGAACGCGAGGAUUAAGGCUGAGGGUCUGUAUGACUGCAACUACAGUGCCUACGCGAUCGAAGUCUGCCGCUACUCUAUGUUCUUCGGCCUCAUGCUCCUCUUCCUGCGCUGGGGGUGGUAUACCGCCAGCGGGUUCUUCCUGGGGGUAUUCUGGCACCAGUUGGUCUUCACUGCCCAUGACGCCGGACACAUGGGCAUCACGCACGACUUCCAGGUGGAUACCGUCAUCGGUAUUAUCAUCGCCGACUUCCUUGGGGGCCUUUCUAUUGGAUGGUGGAAGAGGAAUCAUAAUGUCCACCACAUUGUGACCAAUGCUCCAGAGCACGACCCCGACAUCGAGCACAUACCAUUUUUCGCCAUCUCGCACCGCUUCCUCCUCUCGCUGCGUUCGACAUACUACGACAGGGUGAUGCACGUCGAUGCCGUGGCCAAGUUCUUCAUCAAAUUCCAGGCCUAUCUAUACUACGUCAUCCUCCUCUUCGGACGGUUCAACCUCUAUCGGCUCUCUUUGGAAUUCUUGAUCCUUGGUCAAGGCCCGAAGAAGGGUCCUGCAUGGUGGCACCGGUGGCUUGAACUCACCGGACAGGUCUUCUUCUGGAUAUGGUUCGGGUACGGCAUCGUCUACAAGACCAUACCGACCGGGUGGGACCGGUUCGUGUUUAUCAUGGUCAGCCACAUGGUGACCAUGCCGCUGCACUGCCAGAUCACCCUGUCCCACUUCGCCAUGAGCACGGCCGACCUUGGCCCGGCCGAGUCGUUCCCGCAGAAGAUGCUCCGCACGACCAUGGACGUCGACUGCCCCCAGUGGCUGGAUUUCUUCCACGGCGGCCUGCAGUUCCAGGCCAUCCAUCAUCUCUACCCGCGCAUCCCGAGACACAACCUCCGGAGGACCCAGAAGCUGGUCCAGGAGUUCUGCGACGAGGUGGGCAUCCCGUAUGCGCUUUACGGCUUCGUGGACGGGAAUAAGGUAGUCAUCGGGAAGCUGGCGGAGGUCUCGAGGCAGGCCGCCAUCCUUGCCAAGUGCCAAAAGACUCUGGCGCAGAGCGACGACCCUCUCCAUGCCCAUCACCAUUGA